CCCGAUGACCCCGUGCCAGCUGGAUACACCUCGCUCUCCCCAGACACCCGGGUUUCCUCCUGGGGACUCUGGUUCCCCCUAACCGAGUGCUGGUCACAAGGGUUUUCCUAGUGUCAGGCUCCUAUUUUUGGCCCUUCCCUGGCCCCGCAGAUGAGGCAGUGCAAGGGGGCACCGGGUACUUUUUCGGGAACUACAGAGUGGCGAAAGUGAAACUUCCAGGAUGGGUGGUCACCGCCACACUGGUUAUUUUUGGCACCGCCGUCAUCGCGAUGGCGAAGGGCGGCACGGCCGCGGCAGCUCUGCCGCGGCUGGAACAGACGGACAGUGGGAGGGACGGAGGGACAGACACUGAGCUGCUCACCCCAGCCGGGCAUGGCUGGCCCAGGUGUGCCCCCUCCGGCACCGCUGCCUGCCCAGCCCUGCCGCUGAAAGCACCGGCGUCACGCUGAAAGAAGCUCCCAGUCCCCUCCCAGCCUGGUCCCAGUUGGGGUCAGAUCCUGGUUCCUUCCCGGGAACGGUCCUGGAGUCACGUUACGGCUGUGGCUGUGAGAGACGCAGGGAGCCGGCAUGGCGCAGCCCAGCGCACCCCCCCCUUAUGAUGACAAGAACCCCCUCUACCCCCCGCCCCCAGGGGGGUACCCCCAGCCCCCCUACUAUGCCGGGGGGUACCCUGCAGCUGGGGGGUACCCUGCAGCUGGGGGGUACCCAGCAGCAGGGGGGUAUGCUCAGCCGGCGGGGUACCCAGCAGCAGGGGGGUACGCGCAGCCAGGGGGUUACCCCCAGCCAGGGAUGGCCAUGCCCACCAUGCCGAUUCGGUUUGGUGACGAUGGCAUCGGGGACGGCUCCCACCUCCAACCGGCUGACUGGGAUGACAGGAAAGUCCGGCAUGCCUUCAUCCGCAAGGUGUACGCCAUCAUCUCCCUGCAGCUGCUGGUGACAGUGGGGAUCAUUGCCGUGUUCACCUUUGCCUCCCCUGUCCGCUCCUUCGUCCAGAGGAACGUCGCCAUCUACUAUGCCUCAUACGCUGUGUUUCUGGUGACCUACUUGGUGCUGGCCUGCUGCCAGGGUCCCCGGAGACGCUUCCCCUGGAACAUCAUCCUGCUGAGCAUCUUCACGCUGGCCAUGGGGCUGAUGACAGGGACGAUCGCCAGCAUGUACCAGACCAGUGCCGUCCUGAUCGCCAUGCUCAUCACUGCCAUCGUGGCCAUCAUCGUCACCAUCUUCUGCUUCCAGACCAAGGUUGAUUUUACAUCGUGUCCGGGGCUCUUCUGUGUGCUGGGCAUCGUGGUCAUGGUGACCGGGAUUGUCACCGCCAUCGUUCUUUCCUUCAAAUAUGUCCCCUGGCUCCACAUGCUGUAUGCGGCCAUCGGCGCCAUCGCCUUCACCCUGUUUCUUGCCUAUGACACUCAACUUGUGCUGGGGAACAGGAAGAACACACUGAACCCCGAGGAGUACAUCUACGGUGCCCUCACCAUCUACACUGACAUCGUCUACAUCUUCACCUUCAUCCUGCAGAUCGUGGGCCGGGAUUAGCCCUGGGCCCCCUCCUCUCCCCUUCUCGCUGCCUCUCACCCCCUCCUCUGGCCUCUGUACAGGAUAUGGCUUCUUACCAUGACUCCUAGUGCUUCGGCAUCCUUACCUGUAGGCUGCUAAGGAAAGGGCUUCCUUUACUCACCCCCCAACAAGCCACCAAGGGCGGUGGGGGGGACCGGCUGCCAGUGUUUAGGCAGUGCCUGGCCCCAGCACCAUUUGCCGAGGCUGUGCCAGUGGUGCUGGGCUGGCAGCAGAGCGCCACGGUCCUGCCUGGGCGUGGGGAGCUGGCAGCAGCCACUGGGAUCGUGUCGGGAUUUUUUUGGCAGAGGCCGGUCGGUGUCAUUCACUUGGUGCCUUAAACGCGGCUCCAGCUGUGCCCCCCUCCCUGAGCCGUGGCGGUGCCCAGGGUGGGCAGGGGGCAGCUGGGACUCUCGUGGUAGGACUCGGGGCAGAGCUCACAUCACUGAGGCCCUGCAGCCACGGACAUGGGCGAAGUUGCACUUGCUAAAUAAAACACUUUAAUUUUCCAGA